AUUUCUCUAGUCUGGUCAAAUUCAAACCCUAGUACCACAACUAAUUGAAAGGUAAUUGCCGGGGUCGCCUAUUAGAAUCCGAACUCGACAUUUCUUUCUCCUGGUUCUACCAUUAUCGGGUUCUUCCAUGUCCAAAUCAGUUCCAUUUCCAUCGCCGCCUCUGCAGCCAGUGCUUCACCAGGAUGAUGCGGACGACGACGACGAGAACGUCAAGCAGCUGAGAGAGUGCUCAUCUCUCUACCUUUCCCUACAGGAUUGUCUUAUUGACAAUGAUAGGAACUGGAAAGCCUGCCAGAAGGAAGUUCAAGCCUUAAAGGCAUGCAAUGAGAGGAGGAAGAAAGAUAAAGUGAAGUGAAGAGUUUGCUAUUAUGAAGCCUUGCCGUUCCUAAAGAAAUUACCUCACUGGUCAUUUCACUGAAGAAUAGCUAUUUUAAAUUACUUUUUUGGGAUUCAUUCCGGCAUUUUAAAUCUGAUAUAUUAUGUCUUUGUUUCUCUGGAAAAACAAUGACCCUUUACUAAUGCUAGUGAGGUUGAGUUUUGAUUUU